UCUCUUGAGGCUGGAAGUACCUAGAGGGGUAACGGAAAAAACAAUGGACCGAGUUCUUCAUUUCCAUCAGGUGUGUAAACUACCUACCUAGCUAGAGUACUCAGCAAGACGAACCCCACGAAUCCGCUUCCCUCCCGGCUCCCCUCCCGGCUCCCCCCUCGUCGUCUCGGUCUCGGUUCGCAUCAGACAGACGACAGAUACAGGCCCGUACAGCGUCCACCUCUCGCCAAUGCGUGCCGAAAUCCCCCGAACGACGAAAUUGACGACAUGACCUACAGCCAGCAUGCGCCUACGGCCUGCCGGAAAUCUACUCCGUCGUUGUGCGCUCGUUAACGUCUGCUGGCGGGGCAGUCAACAGCUGGGCUACGCGAAGUUUCCCACCAAGAGGACUCUUGCUCAGACAUUUGGACCCGUAAUCUCGAAGCCACGAUCCCAGCUGAAGGCGGGCUAUUUCUUGUCGAAUGGUCUCCUGCCUCGGGCCCAAGAUGGCGCCGCCUCUAAAUCCCGCGCGAGCCCGACCGCUCCAACCGCUGUUGCUGGUACGGCCUCCUCCUCCUCCCUUAAUGCGCACGGAACCGGAGAUAUAGCCCACGAUCUCCCCCACCGGCGGCGACAGGCAGCGAGGCGUAAUCGCCCGCUCACUUCCGGGGCGGCCACGAUGCCCACCGAAAGCUUGAUGCCUCCGGAUGCGUCAUCUGUCCUUACCACGGCGUCCACCAAGCACCCCGCCAGCUCUCUUCGUCGCCAGCUUUCUCUCCUCCUUUCUCUCUCUAAGCCUCGCCUUACCGUCCUCGUCGUCCUCACGGCGAUGGCACCCUACGCGCUCUACCCGGUACCUGCUUUUCUCUCGCCGUCGAUCGGCCUAGAUACGCCCUCCCUAUCCCCACUAACCUUGGCCUUUCUCACGACCGGAACCACACUCUGCUCCGCCAGCGCGAAUGCUCUCAAUAUGCUCUAUGAACUAGCUUGGGAUGCCAAGAUGACACGCACGCGGAACCGGCCUCUCGUCCGCGGGCUUUUGUCUAAACGCAAGGCCCUCGUCUUUGCCAUUUCUACGGCGCUCGCCGGUAUCGCCGGCCUCUACUUUGGCGUUAACCCUACAGUUGCCUUCCUGGGUGGUGCUAAUAUUGCUAUCUACGCGGGAGUCUACACCCCGAUGAAGCGGAUCUCGUGGCUCAACACUUGGGCCGGUGCGAUCAUCGGGGGCAUCCCACCGCUGAUGGGCUGGGCAGCGGCUGCCGGCGAGUCUGCCACAGGGGACGGGUCGUUCCGUGAGCUGCUCAUGACCUCGGAUGCCAUCGGAGGCUGGCUACUCGCCGCUUUCCUGUUUGCGUGGCAGUUCCCUCACUUCAUGGCCCUGUCCUGGCCGAUAAGGGAGGAAUACAAGGCGGCCGGCCACCAGAUGCUAUGCUGGAUCAACCCCGCUCGCAACGCGCGCGUCGCCUUGAGAUACAGCUUGCUGUUCCUCCCGCUCUCGGUCGCGCUCUGCGCCAUAGGAGUAACGGAAUGGAGUUUCGCCGUGACGAGCUUGCCUCUGAACUUCUGGCUCGCGCGCGAAGCCGUACGGUUUUGGCGGUACGAGGGUUUCAAGGGGAGCGCACGCGGUCUCUUCUGGGCUAGCGUUUGGCAUCUUCCGGCCAUUAUGGUGUUGGCCCUCGUGCAAAAGAAAGGCAUGUGGGGACGCGUUUGGAGAAGUAUAGUUGGCGAGCCGGAUCUCGAGGACGAGGAUGACCAAGACUGGAUCGUAGACGAUGUUGGAGAACCCUCUCCAACUCCGGCUGCUGCCGGUUAGGGUCUGAAGAGCUCCUGCCAAGUAUCAUAUCCCAACCAGCUGGUGGUCUGGCUGGGCUUCUGCGUACCUACCUAGGCACGCAGGGCUUCUGCGAGUAGGGGACAGCUGUUAAUAUGUAAUAUACUACUUUGCAAAUAUCGAAAGGGAAGAAUGGCAGAAGAAAGCUCACUUCCCAACACCCCCAACAACCGCAACAUAAGUCGAGGAGAGUUUAGGGACCGGAGUAGGUGAAGGUCGGAUGAAUAGAAUUCGUACUCGGCCUAGAAAUAUGUACGGAGUGCCUUCGUUCAGAACUUGGUGUUGUGGGAAAAUGCAAUCAUUAAUAACGUUGACAGAAGUGGAUCACAUUGCCCAUAUC